AUGGAUGAAGAUUAUUCAAGAUUGAUUUUAUACAGUGCAGUAAGAUGGCUUUCAAGGAGAAAUAUUUUAUCACGAUUUUACAAUUUGAGAGAGCAGUUACUUGUAAUUUUAACUAUGGAAGAAUCUGAAUUCAACUUUCUUGGGGAUGAAGAGUGGUGGACAAAAUUAUCCUUCUUAACUGAUUUGUUUGUGCAUCUCAAUAAACUAAAUUCAAGUAUGCAAGGUCGUGAGGAAAAUAUACUAACAUCGUCAGACAAAAUUAUGGCUUUUAUCGAAAAAUUGAAUUUUCGGAAAACUAUAGUUAAUCAAUUUAAUCUAAUUAUGUUUUCUCGUACUGAUUUGCUAGUUGUAGAUGACAAAAUUUUGGCAUUAAUAGUCGAGUCUAUCGCAUUGUUGGAAGUAAAAAUGAAUAAAUAUUUUCCAAGUAAUAAUAUUAAAAAUUACAACUGGGUACGAGACCCUUUUAAUGUGUCUAUUAGUGACUUGGUUGAUUUAAAACUUGUUGAAGAAGAAAAUUUUUGUUCAAUUAAAAAUGAUUGA